UCAAUGUCAGGAGACAUUUGAUCCCUCUUUGUUUUUUCUGAUUUGGGUCCAGAUAAUAAUGGUAUAAAAGUACUAAAGCCAUAUCUAGCUUUCAUGAACCAUCUCUCACAAAAUUUUGCUAGACCAGGCUGUUGCAGAUGAUAUGGGAUGGAGAACAUGGAGUCACCACCCCAACAACCCUCCCAAGAAUCCCAUCUCCUCCUCACCCCACUAAUGAUCUCCAUGGCAGGAAUUGUGGCCACAGCUCUGGCAAUUGUAGCCUACAAUUUUGUGCUGACCAGAUACUGUGUGAGCAGGCGCCAAGAUGAGACCUCUGAAGCAGUUCAAGGGAACCAGGCUGCAGUUGGGUUGAAAGAAAAGGUGCUUGAGUCCAUCCCAAUUCUAGCUUACUCCAGCAAGCAAGGCGGAGGGCUGUUUCGUGCUGAGCAGAGCGAAUGUGCCGUGUGUUUGGGUCAUCUGGAGGAAGGAGAAGUGGUACGACUGUUGCCCAACUGUCGACAUGCUUUCCACCUUCGUUGCAUUGAUAAAUGGCUCGCUUCGCAUUCGAAUUGCCCGCUCUGUCGAACACCCAUCAUGGCCUCCAUGUCUGUGGUGUUGCCAGUGCUCGGCCCUGUGGAUAUGGAGGUGGAAGAAGAAGAUGAUGAUGAUGAUGCUGAAAGGCAUGUUCCAGUUCAACAGAACAGCAGCCAAGGUCUUGGUGCUGGUGCUGGUGAUACUAUUAAUAUUUCCAUCGGGCCUGGGAAUUCAAAUGCUUUGCUUCAACAAUCUUCUUCUUCUUCUUCUUCUUCUUCUUCUUCUUCUUCUUCUUCUUCUUCUUCUUCUUCUUCUUCUUCUUCCCUUGUCUCAAAAGUUGGUUUUUUGCAGAGUAAUUCAUGCAGAGUAGAAUCUGUUAGGUGCUUAGGUUGUGCAUCAUCCAUGUUAAUGAAAUCCUUAUCACUAUUGGGGAUGGUUCAUGGCGGUACAACCAAUAGAAUCCUUCCCCAAUGAAUCAGUUUUGAUUCAAAUGUAAACUCUACUCAUUAAAGUAAAAGGGUGGUUGUUGCAGCUGAUGAUGAUGAUGACUCUCUCUCUCUCUCUCUCUCUCUCUCUGUACCAAAAGAUAUAUGAAAAAUGAUCUUUGCUUUGCUUCUUGUAGUA